AUGGACGAUCAAGGGGUGCGGAGCCUAAAAUGUGUCCUCGUCGGCGACACGCUCGUCGGGAAAACUAAUUUAAUCGUGAGCUACACUACUGGAAGAUAUCCGGCUGAAUAUAAGCCGACGAAUUUCGAUACUUAUUCAGUUGUUGUACGGGUGGACCGGAAGCCGAUACGAUUGCAAUUAUGCGACACAGCUGGCCUGCGAGCCUGUGCUUUGCGACCCCUCUGCUACCCGGGAGUUGACGUCAUUUUGCUGGUCUACAGCACAGUCGACCCAAACUCCUUUGAAGCCAUUGUUGACUAUUGGCUUCCGGAGGUUAACCGGUCCCAGCCCACGGUUCCAGUAAUCCUCGUUGGGACCCAAGUCGAUCGCCGUGGUGACCCUUCGGUUGCCGCUUCCUUAGCAAGAGUUGGUUGCCAUCCGAUCUCCACCGCCCGUGGAAAAGAAUUGGCCCAACGGAUGCACUGUGAAUUUGCCGAAUGUUCAGCGCUCACCCAACAAAAUAUAAAACAAGUAUUCGACGCAGCAAUCCUCUGCGCGCUCGAAGGCAAAAAACCUCCAAAACUUCCGAGCAAAGGCACGGCCACAGCCCACGCCACCCGCCUCAAACAAGGCUUCCAACGCUUCAUCAGUAUUACUAAGAAACUUAUU